GCUAGACGAUUCACCACAAUGUCGGAGGGAAGUGCUAGUAGCUAUAACUCCAACUAUAGGGGGCAUGUGUGUGACAUGAAUCAGUGCGUGUUGCGGACAUCUUUGCAGCUCCAUAAUUUCGGUAGACGGUUUUAUGGCUGUAGACAUUGGAAGCCUGGCAGUGACGAACAUUGUAAGUCCUUUAAAUGGUUGGAUGGCAUCCCAUGUAGGCGUGGAGCUGAAACAGCACCGAUUGUCAUCGCGAAAUUUACUAGGCUUGAGGCCGAGGCAGCUAUGGCAAAAAACAAUGAGAUGGAAGCCCGUGCAAUGAUAGUAGACCUACUCCAUAGGGAAAGAGUAGCAAAGUGUAGUGCUGAAAAAGCAAAGGUUUCCCUUCGUAUGGCCAAUGCGCGAGCACGUAAAUAUCAAGUUGCUCUACUUAUGUCAUGGUUGGCAAUUGUGGUGUUCAUUAUAUUUUCACUUGGUAAUAGGGAUGUUGGAUUACGACAAAUGUGUCUGCCAUGA